UGUAGCUGCUGUUGAGAAAGAGGAAGCGAGAGGAGCUGCUGAAAGCCCCAUGAAGCACUGAGAGCGACCCACAGCACCAUGAGAAGGUGAAGCGCCAACAGCAGCCAACUUCACCGAACAAAAGCCUGGAAACAGAGACAAGCAGAGACUAAUUCUACCACACAGGUUUGAUCCGAGGCGUUCCACCAUGGCUCAAGGCUGCCUCAAGUGUUUAAAGUACACCAUGUGUGCUGCCAACUUCCUUUGUUUUAUGUGUGGCGUGGCGGUGCUGGGCUUUGGUGUGUACAUGAAGGACAACAAGUUUGCCGCUCUCACUCCCGCCCAGGCCACCUUCAACAUUGCCAACGCGCUGCUGAUCAGUGGCAUCAUCAUCUCCUGUGUGUCCUUCCUGGGCUUCCUGGGUGCUCUGAAGGAGAACCGCUGUCUCCUGAUGACGUUUUUCCUGCUGCUUUUCCUCCUGAUGCUGGUGGAGCUGACUGCUGCGUGUCUGAUGCUAUUGUUCGAGAAAGAGAUUGGUGAUUUGGUGAAAGACGAGCUCAAGAAGGGUUUGGACAAAGCAAAAGCAGGAAACUCAACAGAAAUGGAAGACUGGGUUCUGAUUCAGGACACGUUUAAGUGCUGCGUCGUCAUUAAUGAGACGGACUGGGGAAAUCAUGUGCCUCCUUCCUGCUGCAAGGGGGAAAGUACCACCGCAAAACCUGAGUGCUAUGAUAAGGGUUGUCUGGAUAAACUGAAGACUUUCUUUGAGGAGAAUUUCCUAAUUACCGGCAUUUCUGUCAUUGUUCUCUGCAUCAUCGAGGUCUUGGGAAUGUGUUUCGCCAUGACACUCUUCUGCCACAUUAGUCGAUCUGGACUGGGCUACAAGUUAUAGACAUCAUUACCAUAACUAUAUAUAUAUAUAUGUCUUUUGGUUUGUUAUUUUCAUCUCUAGUAUCAUUGUUGUUAUGUCCUUUUAAAAAAAUCACAUGCAGAAGGACAGAGGCCUUUAGAUCUGAAGAUAAUUCUAGACAUGACAAAGACAUCUUUGUCUUUAUGAGUUUUUUUGUGCUCAAAUGUUUUCAUGCUCCUGAAAAGAAAGAUGUUUUUAAAUGUAUUUCAUUUGUGGCUCCUUUGGUCUUCUGUACCACUAAGCUCUAGCUCUGUACAACGCUGUUUCUGUCAUGUGAACAAUCGUGGGUUCUGUACAUGACUUGCUCGUAGCCAAGUUUUUCUGCAUGUCUCUGCACGGUUUCUACUUCAGAAUAUUUUUGAAAAGCAAUUGUUUGUGUAAAAAUACUGCCCACCUACUUGAACAAGCUUUCACAACCCUUUUACUGACAACGUGUCUGAAAAUACACCAAUAAAGUAUUUUUUACAGCCCGAA